CUCCGGAGCCGUGGCCAAUGGCAGGGCAGGGGCGGGGCUGAGUGGGCGGGUCUAAGCCAAUGGGUGGGAGCGACCCGGGAGCCUGCGCUAUGGCGGAGCAGGUCGGCCCUGCCCCACCUCCAAUCUACGUGGGGGGCAGCAGCAGUGACAGCGAGGGGGAGCUCGUGAGACCCCCGAGGGGCGCAGGGGGGCAGCCGCGCCCCAAGCGCCGGCGUGUUCUGUGCACCACUGAGAUCCCCACUGUGCCCGUCUACUCGAACAAGGUGAACAGGAGCUUCCAGCUGUGCCCUGCGGAGCUGCACCAGGAGGUGCCCGCCCUGCGGUGGCAGGGAGGGGCAGAUCUGGACGUCGAUGACAUUGGCCCUGUCACGCCCCCACGGCCAGAGCGGCCUCACGCCCCACGCCUCCCCCAGGGCCCCUGCACUGACUGGCUGGAGGAGGAGCCACCGCAGCAGCAGGGGGCAGCGAGAACGGUCCGGGACGAGUCCCCCUCUCCCCCUCCCCCACCACAGCCCACACGCAGGCAGAGGGGCCGGACCCGACGGGAGGUGGCGCGCCAGCUGCGAGGUCUCAACACGUGGCUGUCAGCCGCCCAGCGCAGCCUGCGGGAGGAGCCGCCCGAGGACGACGUGAUCCUGGUGGAGCCGCCCCCGUCCCCCGCGUCCCGGCAGCUGCAGCUCAAGGUGCGGUGCCGGGCUGAGAUCCACCGCGUCGCCGUGGAGACGUCACAGCCCCUGCAGGCGGUGGUGGAGCACAUGGCUGGGAGGCUGCAGGUCCGGCCGGAGCAGAUCCUGCUGCUGCUGCGAGACACAGAGCUGCCCCCCGGCAGCACCCCCCAGGGCCUGGGCCUGGGCGUGGCCGACAUCAUUGGUGAGUGA